GGGAGGUGACAGCGGGAGGUGACAGCGGUGACACGAUGGCGGUGGCCCCCAGCAGGAGGCUGCAGCGGUACCUGCUGCUCUUGGCCGUCACCUGCGGCGCCACUUUUGUCCCCUGGCCAGCCCAGGCUUUGCAGAGGAUCGCGCUGCGGAGGAUGCCCUCCAUCCGCCAGACGCUGCAGGAGAUGGGGGUGAAGGUGCGGGACGUGUUCCCGCAGCUGCGCCGGGCCCCGCGCGCAGGAGGAGGGGACGGUCCCCGCAACGGGACAGCCCCGACCCUGCUCACCAACUACCUGGAUACUCAAUAUUUCGGCGAGAUCAGCAUCGGGACCCCCGCGCAGACCUUCAAGGUGGUUUUUGACACGGGCUCGGCCAACCUAUGGGUGCCGUCCUACAAGUGCUCCCCCCUCUACAGCGCCUGUGUGUCCCACAGCCGCUACGACUCCUCCAAGUCGCGCACCUACAUCGCCAACGGCACCGGCUUCCCCAUCCGCUACGGCACCGGCAGCGUCAAAGGCGUCCUCAGCCAGGACAUCGUCAUGGUGAGCCCCGAACCCGCAGAACCCCCAAAAUUCACAGACCUGGAACUCACAAAAUCUUCACAAUCCACCCUGAACGCUCCCCUGAAACCCGGCGGGGAAAUCAUCCUGGGAGGCAGCGACCCAGCCUAUUACAGCGGCGACUUCCACUACGUGAACGUGAGCAGGAGCGGCUUCUGGCAGAUCAGCAUGAAGGGGGUGUCCGUGGGGGCCGAGAUCCUGUUCUGCAGGGAGGGCUGCUCGGUGGCCGUGGACACGGGGGCCUCCUACAUCACCGGCCCCGCCGGGCCCGUCUCCGUGCUCAUGAAAGCCAUCGGGGCCAGCGAGGUGGCCGAAGGAGAGUACGUGGUGGACUGUGAGCAGGUGCCUCAGCUGCCCAACAUCUCCUUCCACCUGGGAGGGAAGGUCUAUGGCCUCAGCGGCCCUGCCUACGUCCUGCGGCAAUCCCAGUACGGGGAGGACGUGUGCGUGGUGGCUUUCUCCGGGCUGGACAUCCCCCCUCCGGCCGGUCCCCUCUGGAUCCUGGGCGCCACUUUCAUCGGCCACUACUACACCAAAUUCGACCGGCGCCACAACCGCAUCGGCUUCGCCACCGCCCGCUGA